AUGGAGAACUCCUCUGUCGCGUCUGCAUCAUCAGAAGCCGGAAGCACACGCUCUCAGGAAAUCGAAGAGCUGGAGCGCUUCAUCGACAGCUACGUGCUCGAGUAUCAGGUGCAAGGCCUUCUGGGAGAAAAGGGAGAUGACGAGCUGGACAAUAGUGGCAACGUGACACAAGUGUGGACGGACGACUUCAACAACCAGAAAGAUGGGAGCUGGACGUCGUCACAUGGUCGAGGAUCGUUUAAACCAGACGAAUGGGAGCACAGCAGCAACGGAAGCACUGGGUCCAGACCCAGCUCCGGCUCCAGACCUGGAUCAGGCUCUCGGUCUGGGAGCAAAAGCAGAAACAACCAGUUCAGAGGCCCCGCUAAGAACGGCAACAUGGAGGGCUUCGACAUCCUGGGAACGGACAUAUGGGCUGCCAACACAAUGGACUCUCUUGGUGGCACUGGUUGGGACGUGCAGCCGGAGAAGCUGGACUUCAGCCAUUUCAACAGGAAACCACUGAGGGUCUCGCCAAAGCACCUGCCACACAUCGACAGAGACGGGAUUAAGAAAGACCAGUGUGAUGUCGACGAUGGGAUCGACAUGAAUGAAAUCGAGAGGUUCUUACCACAUCUGCGCUCUGUCUUUCCACCUCUUCCCAGUGAAGCUGAAAUCUCAAACACAAAAAAGCUUUUCCGGCGUAAAAGGAAUGACCGACGACCCAAAGACCAGUUGAUCCGAGAGCAGAUAACAGUGCUGCUGCCCACUGGUCCAGGGGGAAAGCGGCAAGUCUCCACCAGGAGACAGCAACGACCUCAGGGUGGAGGAGGAGGAGGUGGAGGAGGUCAUCACAUCCAGCAGGCGCCACAGCAUCAGAGAGAUCUAACACCGCAUCAGCAGCCGUCUCCAAACCACAGCCCGAGCGAACUGGGAGACGGUAGAAUCAACAACGGCGCUCGACCCCCACGCCACGGCCCUCGCCAAGGCGCACACCCCCAGCACGGCUACAGCCAGAACCGCCGCUGGCAACACAACCAGAAAGGUCCACAAGAGUACACACAGACGCACACCGUGGAGGAGAGAGAGUUCACCCCAAGAACUACCAAAGAUGUAAAGAAUGACAGGCCGAGCGCGGAGCCCGAGGACUGCUCCAAAAAGAGUCCCGCCGAAACGCAACCGCGGCCACACCCUGUAUCAGCCAAUCACGAGCGAAGAGACCCCCCGCAGAAGGAGGCCCCCACACCGACGAGCGGAGAGGAGCAGGAGCACAAAGUCAGCCUGCUGCAGUCGUCCAGAGAGGGGCUGAGGAAGCGGCUAAAGGACAAGGAGGAGGUGUGUGUGGAGUCGGGCCCCGGGGGGAGGAGCAUGGACCGCCUGGUGGAGCUCCUCAACAGCAUGAGGAGCAACAGCAGCGGCGUGGAGCAGCAGCUGGCCUCCUUCAUGCAGGAGGCGCAGAGCUCAGCGCGCUGCGAAGAGAGCCUCGUGCAGGUGGUCAGCGCCAUCUACUCCACGGCGCUGUCCGACCGGAGCUUCGCCGCCACCGCCGCCAAACUGUGCGACCGCAUGGCACUGUUCAUGGUGGACGGGACCAAGUUCAGGUCUCUGCUGCUGAACCUGCUGCAGAUGGAUUUCUUCGCCCGAGAGCGGCUGCGGCAGACGGACGUGGAGAAGUGGUUAGGCUUCAUCACGUUCCUGUGCGAGCUGUUCGGAGCCAUGAGGAGCAGCUCGGGGCAGCCCUACAGAGUCCUGGUCUGCCCCAUCUUCACCUGUCUGCGGGAGUUGCUGGAUUCCAGAGAAGUGAAAGAAGAUGCAGUCCUCUGCUGCUCCAUGGAGCUGCAGAACACGGGGCUGCUGCUGGAGGAGCAGCUCCCAGAGAUGAUGACCGAGCUCUUAGCCGCCGUGAGGGACAAGAUGCUGUGUCCGUCGGCGUCUCCGCUCACGCGCUCGCUGCUCAUGGAGGUCAUCGAGCUGCACGCACACCGCUGGGUCCCUCUGGAGUCUCUGACCACACACCUGUGGGGCCGCGUGGCUGAUGCUGUCUGGGCUGUCUGCACCCAGGGCCAGGACCGGGUCAAAGGGCUCCUGCCUCUUUGUCUGGACAGCCCUCCCCCAUCCAGACCCCCCCAGACCCCAGCAGGACGUCCUCUUUGUGGGCUGCAGGAUCAGACUGCGGCUUCAGUGCAGCAGCAGAUGGUGGACUGA